AUGGAUGACCGUCACCAAUUUUUCGCCAUUGCCAAAGCUGGCCAAUACUAUCGUUUGCUCGCCGCCGUUCGUCACGCGUGCCUUUGGGGCAUGGCAACACUUCGACAGUGCCUGCACGUCCUUCACAUCUUCUCACAUAGUGCAAACCGCCUUGCGCUGCAUCAAGAGCUUCGCUUUGCCGAGGAUUACUUUCGCAACUCAGAUCCCCCAUCGGUCUCACCCCCUCCCAGCUGGUACUCCAAUUUUGGACCAUGUCCUUUCCCCUUCAUCACCACUUGUCUGAUGAUGGGUGCUGCUCUCAACCCGGAAACAUUGCAUGCAGGUGUCGUUCAUGAGGAGCCAUUUGGCUUCCCCUUCGAUAUGGCAGGAUCUCGCCAUGGUAUAACCAUCAUCGACAUCACUGAUUUGGAAAACGUCAAGUAUUGCUUCAUCCACUGUGCAGGUUGGCAAUACGCAAUGAAUUACUAUAGGGAGGACGAUAUGAACCUCCAAAGUUCCACCGACCUUCCUAAUGCCCUUGAGGAGAAGUCUCUUGUUUAUAUCGAAGCUCUGAUCGAGACAUGGCCAUACACCAUGUGGUCCAAUUACAGGCCAACCUUGCCGGCCGCAAGUCCACCAAUUCCUCGUCAAGCACCAAAGAGUUUGUUGGAAAAAAGUUUGGACAAGGUCGUGGAUGUCAUCCUGUCAUCAAAUCACCUCAACGACUUCAAGGCAGUCAAAGAUACACUUGAAGUACUCCCCAACAUUCGGCUCCUGUUGAAAGAGCAUCUACUGAGGCGAGCCGAGAACGUUGGCAGAACGAAACCUUCCCUUCUACUCCUGGCUCUCGCCUACGAGGGCGAGCACACUCUCGAUUGGGCGCCCUUUACCAGCCUCAAACUAUCUCAUAUCACGUUUACACUGGGAAACGGUUCAUUCUCUUCUGUGGAAACCAUAAAUCUAUCCGGUUUGCUCACUCCGGGGUGCAUCGCAAGGCUGUCACCAAUCCUGUCACAUCUACCCGCUUUGAAAACGCUCUGUGUGCUAGAAAAGCCAGACCGGGCCAAUGACUUGAUAUCGGCGCAUGCCAUUGCCACACUUACAUCACUGAACCCGGAACUACGGCUCAACAAGAUUCUAAACUCUGGGCUAUUCUCGAUUCCUUUCCGUAGCCUCCCCUGGAUUCCAGAUACGAGCCAGGAGCCCAGCGUCAUCCCGGGAUUUCCAAGUGUCCAGCUUCUGGUAUAUCACAGAAGUGAAGCUAUUCGAGAGCGAGUGGCACCAUACGAACACUUCUCCCUGGGUGAUGCACUUCUUAACCCAGCCCGGCUUGUGAACAUCAUUUUGCGCUACUGCCAAAUUCUGAUAGCCAAUAGAUAUCAGAUGGGGGGUGGCACCGGAUACCAACUCGCCGUGUGCAUCGCAACCGCCUCCUCAACCCCAGGCAGCCCGGAAACGGGUGAGAUCGGGGUGCUCCCAGCACAAACUUACUUAUACGGCAGGGAUAGCCACUACUCCCUCACAGCCAAGGGCUGCUAUUCAGACAUGAGAGACCUCAGGCCCGGACAGUGGACAAUCCUAAUGGUCAGAAACCUCCCUGGAAUGGGGUAUGGCGACCCGGGUGCGAGUUUCGAUAGGGGCUUCAUGUACGCCUUCUUGCGUUCCAGAUCGGUAAUUCCCGCGAGACGGCCUCAAGAAGAGCUGAUUGAAAUCGAUGAGGCGGAUUUGGAUGUCUUCAGCUUCGAAGGCUUUCUGCAAGAAACCUGCCGGCUUACCGACCCUGUGAAUCUCGAACGUUUUCUUCAACCACUACGAGAAAUAUCUGGGAGGCACCCCCUCUUUAACCCACAUAUCAACGAUGUGCUUCGGUGUAUGAGUGCUCGGGAAGCGAGCAGUAUGCUUGUAAAAUUCAUUGAAAACAUCCCAAACGUUGAUAGAGCGAAGCAAGAGACGUUGGACGAGUUCGCAUAA